GUUCCAAAGUGCCGCCAUGAUGGACAAGGCCAAGUACCUGAACUACCAGGUCCUACAGAGGCACGCGAAGCUGGAGCAGCAGUCAUAUCCCAAAAAAGUCAACCUGCAUCCCAACUCGCUGAUGUUUGGGAAUGACCAGUUCCACUGCCCCUGGCUGGCCUAUUACACCAUCCAGCAGACCUCCAAGCUGUACGCCUACGACGUUUCAGAGGUGAGUCCCUUUGCUUUGCUGCUCUUCGGGGGCGAGCCGACAGUGAACCAUGGUGGCAUUGAGGUGGGCUCAUGGGCCAACUUCAAGUGUCGGAAUGGGAAGCAGCUUCUUCCCCUCCUGCAGGCAGCCCGCGCUGCCAUUCAGGACGUCUUGGAAAAGAAGUUGGAGGACUUGAAGUUCGACCUCAGCAGCUCCAAGGAGCUGCGCGCCUGCAUCGAGCUACUGAAGUGCAACGGCCUAGGUUUUCGGAGAGAGGACCCGGCCGACAUUGUCCGGUCCGGCGAGGGGCAGGAGCGCGAGUUCAAUGAGUUCGAGAAUGAGACGGCCUACAUGACACGCAAGGAUGAUGAGCAGCAGGAGCGCAUGAACCAAGUAUGGGCCAACGCCAAGAAUCUGGCCGAGUCGUAG